AAAAAGAAAAAAAAGAAGCAACUAACACAGCAUAAAUUAGGCAAGACAUAAACCCUUGUAAAUUCUUGCAGAGUUGCUGUCAGAUUCUCCAUGAAAUUAACAACAUCUGUCCUGUAAAAUCCGAUACAACUUUCAGACAGCAAUUUUGAUUCUGUGAAAGAGAAAUUAUAAUAGGUUUUUGUUUUUGAAUGUCUUAACAAUUGAAGACAAGUAAAGAACAAGAGAGCUGCUGACAUGGUUAUGGAGAAAGAUCAAAGGAGACUGAAAGCACAAGACUGCAGAGCAGCAACAGGAUACUAUGCUCUUUGUGCUGUUAGUGGAAUGUUAAGUGCUGGAACCACCCAUCUUGCAAUUACGCCUCUUGAUGUCUUAAAAGUAAACAUGCAGGUGAACCCCGUCAAGUAUUAUAGCAUAUACUCAUGUUUUACUACUUUAUUGAGAGAGCAAGGGCCUUCUGCUUUUUGGAGAGGGUGGGCAGGGAAGUUCUUUGGUUAUGGUGCUCAAGGUGGUUGUCGAUUUGGUUUAUAUGAAUAUUUCAAGACCCUUUACUCCAACGUGUUGGUUGAUUGCAACAGGAGUUUUAUUUUCUUUAUGAGCAGUGCCUCUGCUGAAGUUUUUGCCAAUUUGGCUCUCUGCCCUUUCGAAGCUGUUAAAGUUAGAGUUCAAGCACAGCCCCAUUUUGCUAAAGGAUUGGCUGAUGGGUUUCCAAAGGUUUAUAGAACAGAAGGGUUUCUUGGUUUUUACAGAGGGCUUGUUCCGCUAUGGGGUCGAAACCUUCCAUUCUCUAUGGUUAUGUUCUCAACAUUUGAGCAUUCCGUAGACUUUCUUUACUGUAAUGUUAUUAAAAGAAGGAAAGAGGAUUGCUCGAAAGCUCAACAGCUUGGGGUGACAUGUUUAGCUGGAUACACUGCUGGCUCUGUUGGUAGCUUUAUUUCUAAUCCAGCUGAUAACAUUGUUGCUUCUCUUUAUAGCAAAAAGGCUGAUAGCCUCAUUCUGGCUGUGAGGAAAAUUGGGUUUUCCAACUUAUUUACAAGAAGCCUUCCUAUAAGGAUAAUGCUUGUUGGACCUGUUGUGACUCUGCAAUGGCUAUUCUAUGACACCAUCAAAGUUUUAAGUGGACUGCCUACCAGCGGAGAAGUUAGGACUGACGUAAAAGUAGAUGGAGCAGACAAGGCUAAUGAAGUGAGAUGAUGCAACUACCAUAUGUCUAUUUAACUACAGUCUAUAGAUAGUUUCCCCAUUCAAACAAACAGAGAAGCACCGAAUCUGUUUCACCUUUGUUGUUGAACUCAAAACUUUUGGAUGGCAGCAUUUUGAAGCCCUGCCAUCGAAUUUUUGGCUGCAGAAAAUUAUUUAGUAAUAUAGCUUGAGCAACUGCAUUUUUUGUUCUAA